GGACUGAAAGAGAUCUCAUCCCUCGCAUCAUGGACAGUGAGCACUGCAAAGCCUGGCAAUGGAGUGGCUGCUCUACGCUCGCCCGAUACAAGCAUGUUCUGGCAGUCAGACGGUCCCCAGCCUCACCUGUUAAGUAUUCACUUUUUCAAGCUCGUGUCCAUCGUCCACAUGAGGAUCUUCCUCGACUUUCAGAGCGAUGAAUCGUAUACUCCGACGAAGAUUCAAUUCCUGGCUGGUAUGGGAGUACAUGACAUUCAGGAAUUCGCCGAAAUGAGCUUUGAGCAGCCGACCGGCUGGAUCGAUGUCGAUUGGAGCAGACGGCCUGUGCUGCGAGCCUUUCUAGUCCAGGUCCGCAUUCUCGAGAACCAUCAGAACGGAAAGGACACGCAUCUCCGGGCCGUGCAGCUGUUC